AUGGCAGCAAAAUCUGGCACUCCACAGCUCAACGGCCAGGCUGAGAGCGCCAUCGGUCUUGAUAGUACUGAUUUUGAGAAUAAUACUACGCCAUCGUCAGACUCGGAAAAGGAACAGCAUCCGUCGUCCCCUGCUGAAGAGGAGCCUGCUGGCCAGCGGACAGUGAGUGGGAUCCGCUGGUUCCUCGUGUGCGUGGCCAUCUACUCGGCCAACCUCCUCUAUGGACUGGAUACGACCAUCGCAGCAGACAUUCAAGCAGCAGUAUCAGAGACCUUUGACAAUGUGACAUUACUAGGGUGGUUGGGGGUGGGAUUUACCCUUGGCUCGACGGUGGCCAUUUUGCCCCUAGGCAAGGCAUUUGGAACUUUUGAUCCAAAAUGGGUUUUCGUGGGAUGCUUGAUUACGUUUGCUGCAGGCAGUGCCUUGUGCGGCGGGGCCCCGUCGAUGAAUGCGAUCAUUGUUGGAAGGGUCUGGGCUGGUGUUGGAGGAGCAGGGAUGUACCUAGGAACUCUGAACCUUGUGACAAUCCUCAGUACGCCCAAGGAACAGCCAUUAUAUGUAGGAAUAACUGGCUUCGUAUACGGCAGCGGAUGCAUCCUAGGACCUAUUGUGGGUGGAUCUCUUGCGGAUAGCUCAGCUACCUGGAGAUGGGCAUUCUAUUUGAACCUUGUCAUCUUCGGCGUCAUGUCCCCCAUCUACCUAUUCAUCCUCCCAUCUCUCCCUCGCUACCCAGAAAAACCAUUCUUAGAAAAAUUUCGUUCCCUCGAUUGGCUGGGCAUCAUUUUGACAGCGGGUGUCUACGUCACGUUUACUGUGGCAUUCACAUUUGGUGGCUCGAUCUGGGCUUGGAGUGAUGGCCGCAUCAUCGCCCUCCUUGUGGUAUUUGGAGUCCUUACCAUCGUUUUCUGUGUGACGCAACGAUACUCUGUCUUCACCAACAGCAUCGACCGGAUCUUCCCCUGCGAGUUCUUGCUAAAUCCUCAACUAGUUUUACUCUAUGUGUGUAUGGCCUGCGGAGGCACCGCGCUUUUUGUCUCCAUUUACUACAUCCCGUUAUACUUUUUGUUUGUGCAUGGAGACAGUGGUACGGGUGCGGCUGUCCGUUUACUUCCAUUCGUCUGCUUUUACGUGGCGACCACGCUUACCUGUGGCGGGUUUAUGAAGCGGACGGGCUACCAUAACGUCUGGUACCUCUUCACUGGCAUGUUCAUGACGUGCGGCGCCGCUACGAUGUAUACAGUUAAAUACAGCACCCCGGUAGCCCAUAUUUACGGGUUUUCUAUUCUGCUGGGGCUGGGAAUGACGACAACACAGGCUGCGUAUGCUGUCGGUCCGUUGCUGGUGAAGCCGGAGCGGGUAGCGGAGGUAAUCCAGUACUUAAAUAUCUCGCAAGGAUCGAGCCAAUUGAUCGGAUUGGCGAUUGCCAGCUGCAUUUUCCAGAGUCUGGGGUUCACGCGACUUAAAGCCAUCUUGGCCGACACAAACUACACGGACAGCCAAAUCCAGGAGGCUAUUGCGGGUGCGCGGAGUGAGUUGCUCCAGAACGCGGCUCCCGAUUUAAGGGCGCGGUGCGUGGAUGCGAUUGUCAAUACGAUUGAUGACGUCUGGGUCAUGAUCAUUGUUGCUGGAGCGUUGUGGACAAUCUGCUCUCUAUUCUUAACGCGUAAAAGGCAUCUAGAUUAG